GAACUGUGGAUUCGCUGUUUGGUUAGCCCACAGAAACUUUACCUGCUUAAUAAAUAUUUGAGAAAAUUCCCACGCUUUCUCUCUCAGAUCUCUAUCCUUGCCAGUGUUUUAGAGGGAGAAAAGGGGGUUAAAGUAAACUGAAAAGGAAGCGAAGUAGAGCAGAAAAUGGGUGGUGAUGAAAAGGUCUUCACUUUGGCUCAAGUCUCCGAGCAUAACAGCCCCAAAGAUUGCUGGCUCGUCAUCAAUGGCAAGGUUUACGAUGCGACAAACUUUUUGGAAGACCACCCUGGUGGUGAUGAAGUGUUGUUAUCGGCAACAGGGAAGGAUGCAACUGAUGAUUUUGAGGAUGUUGGGCAUAGUGACAGCGCUCGAGACAUGAUGGCUCAAUACUAUGUUGGAGAGAUCGAUGUCUCAACUAUCCCGAAGAAGAUAAAGUAUAAACCGGCAAACCAGCCACACUAUAAUCAGGACAAGACAUCCGAGUUCAUCAUCAAGCUUCUUCAGUUCUUAGUCCCCCUUGCCAUCUUGGGGUUAGCCGUCGGUGUUCACCUCUACACCAAAUCAUCUUAGUAUAGAUCUGUUCUGAUAACCCAUCAAUACCCUGGUUUCAUUUAUGCCAAUCUUCAAAGAUUAUAAAGACAAGAUAUGGAAGGAUGACAAUUUAAUGUUUUCUGUUUGAUAAUGUUGUUUGAU